AUGGUGAAUUGGACCAACGCGCGCGACAUUUUGGCCUUUUGGUAAGUGAAAUCAGCAAAUCUGAUUGUAUUAUUUGUUUAGGCUUCUCGGGUUAUGCAACAACUACGGGUAUGUGAUCAUGUUGUCCGCAGCUGAAGACAUUCUAGACGAUCAAAAAGGAGCUGACAGUACAAACUCUACCAGUAAUACCUGUGAGGUUUUGAGAGAUUCUUAAGGCUGAAAAAUGUUUUACCAUCUUUUUGCAGACAAACUUGAGCUCAAGACAUUGUCAAUCUGUGUCAACUGGAGCGGUUCUUCUAGCUGAUAACCUUCCUGCUCUGGUAGUUCAAACCACUUUCCCAUUCUUCAUGCAUCGCUUUCCUUUUGGGUAAGCAGUGGAGUACAACGCCAGCAAAUGCCUUCUUUGCAGAUUCCGUGCGUUCAUCGUGUGCCUGCUCCAGGCGGCUUCGUACUUCGUCGUCGCCUACUCCAGCAGCAUCGCCAUGUCACUCGUCGGAGUUUGCAUGGCAUCACUGGGACAGGGCAUCGGGGAGAUCACAUUCCUCGCGAUGGCUGCACAUUACAUUCCGUGAGUGCGGGGUGUGGUUUGUGCUCCGAUGCUCAAUGCUUGUUUUCAGAGAAACGAUCGCCUCGUGGUCGUCUGGAACCGGGGGCGCCGGCCUUAUCGGCUCCUUCUCCUACGCGUUCAUCACUCAAGCGGGACUUUCGCCCUCGAAUACACUUCUCGUUCAGUUGUUCAUUCCGGUCCUCUUCGCAGCCGCCUACUUCUUCAUUCUGACUGUUCCUUCAACUGUAUACUCACCAACAUUCCAACCAAAAACAUGGAUUAUUCCCAAGAACUAUGACAAGGAUGUGUUUGAAGCGGCCGAGGUCAGAGGAGAAGUACUGAACACAAAGAAGGUGCCACAAAGAGAACUCUCACCGCUGGACCGCGUCAAACUAAUCGCUCCCCUUCUUUACCUGAUGGUCCCGCUGGCCACAGUCUACACCGCAGAAUACAUGAUCAACCAGGGACUCACGGAACUGAUAAUCUUCGACUGCAACCAGGGUCUCUCCCUGCCCCUCUCCAGCCAGUACCGCUGGUAUCAGGUGCUCUAUCAGCUCGGCGUCUUCAUUUCCCGUUCUUCCGUCAAGUUCUUUGAAAUGCCUCUCUGGCUCAUCUGGUGCCUUCCGAUCCUUCAGUGCGCCAACAUGAUCUUCUUCUUCUUCGAAGCUGUUUACUGGUUCACUCCCACCAUCAUCAUCAUCUUUGUGCUCAUCGUCUUCGAAGGACUUCUCGGAGGAUCUGCCUAUGUGAAUACCUACAACAAAAUACACAAAAAAGUGAGUUCCCUGUCUUCAUAAACUGUGAAUUUGCACAUUUUAGGUCAAUCCGGACGUCCGCGAGUACUCCCUGUCCGCGGCUUCGAUGGGAAACUCUCUAGGCACCAACAUCGCCGCAUUCCUCUCGAUUCCACUGUACAAUUGGGUGUGCGGAAUGGGCGUUCCACACCGAUGA